UGCGAUCACACCUGACCUGACCUGAUCUGAUCUGGUCUGAUCAUCCUGGAUGGCGCCGUAAACUGACUGUCCCUCAGGUCGAGGAUGCCGAUGUCUGUGAAGGUCUCGUCGCCGCGCAAGGUCCGGCCGUGUACUACGUGCUCAAACAGCUGCAUGUCGGCUCGCACACCUCCAAGACCUUCUGCGCACACGUCGUCGGCCUCUGCGACUAUCCCCCUGUGCAACCGGACCAUCUCGAGCUGCCCGCGGCGCCCUCGACGGCCACUCGGCCUCCUCCCAGCGGCCAGUCGCCCAUCCGCGUCGCCCACAUCAGCGACACCCACGUCGACCAUGCCUACCAGCCUGGCGCCAACGCCUUCUGCUCCAAGCCGCUGUGCUGUCGGUCCUGGUCCGAUGGCGAUGCUCCCGGUCACAACGACGCGCCCUGCGGCCCCCUCGGCGAUCCGCACGGCGACUCCCCCGUGCAGCUGGAGGCCAGCAUGAUGGCCGCCGUGGCGGCGCUGGACCCGGCCUUCACGCUCUACACGGGCGACGUGCCAGCCCACGACAUCUGGAUGGUCAAUCAAUCCUCCGUGCUGCGCGACUUCAACUCCACCUACGCCCAACUGGGUGCGCUGGGACUCGUCUAUGCCGCGCUGGGCAAUCACGACGCCGCCCCGGUGAACCUCUUCCCCUCCGACACCAUCCCGGCCUCGCACCGACCCCAAUGGGCCUACGACGCCUUGUCUGACGACUGGACGGCCCUCAUGGGCGCCAACUACUCCACGCCGCCAACCGACGGCCCCGAGGGCUCCUACUCCAUCCUCCACGACGACAGCCCCGGCGGCCACCCGCUGCGCAUCAUCUCCUACAACAGCGUCCUCUACUACAAGUACAACUUCUACGCCUACACGGACCCCAUGCCCGCCGACCCAGACGGCCUCCUGGCCUGGCUGAUCGACGAGCUGACCGCCGCCGAGUCCGCCGGCCAGCGCGUCUGGCUCGUGGCGCACAUCCCCGCAGGCGGACCCGACACGCUGCACGCCUACUCGACGGCGUUCGAUCGCAUCGUGAACCGCUACGCCGCCACCAUCGCCGCCCUGUUCUACGGCCACACCCACACCGACCUGUUUCAGCUCUCCUACCGCGACUACUCCGCCGACGGGCGCACCGCGCAAUCCGCCUCGGCCGUCGCGUACAUCGCGCCCUCGCUGACGCCGACGUCCGGCCCGCCGGCCUUCCGCAUCUACGACAUCGACCCCGUGACCUUCGCCGUGCUCGAUUACACCGUGUACAUCGCCACUCUGCCCGCGGCCACCGCUGGAACCGCCGGGGCGCCGCAAAUCCGCUGGUCCAAGUACUACUCGGCCAAGGAAGCGUAUGGCGGCAUGGUCUCGCCACCGGUCACCGCGGCGGCGGACGAGCUGACGCCGGCGUUCUGGCACAACGUCACGGUGGCCAUGGAGCGCGACGACGCCGUAUUCCGGGGCUUUUGGGAGCGGACGACGCGCGGGUACAACGUGAGCGAGUGUACGGGGGCGUGUGCGCGCAAGGAGAUCUGUGCGCUGCGCGGCGGCGACGCGCGGUUCAAUUGCCGGUCUGGGGGCUGGGGGGUGGACUUGGCGAAAAGAGAGCGCGUGGAGGGCGCGGGUGGACAUGAAAAGGGGAUGAAGAGACCGGUCUGCGAUGAUGACGGGUUGGGCAGAGUGCUGGGAGAGAUGUUGAGACGGCCCGGGGUGGAGAAGUUGAUUCGCCAGAGGGCUGGACUGGACUGACCUUGUCAUGCAGGGUCAGGACCUGUAUAUCUAUAUGUAUAUCCCUAUCUCUGUCUACUGUGUAUAGGUAUAUAUAUAAAGGACCGGACAUGAAACAUGGCAGGUACGAGGCAGAU